UCCUAUAAUGGACUUCACGGUAGCAACGAUCCUCUGCUGCGCGAUCGACGGUUCACGCCUCCGCGUCGUCCAUUAAUUCCUGAUAAUGGACACCUCGUCGGGCAUUAUCCCUUACUUAAUGAACUGUUAAUUAAUGCUUAUUAACAUGUUUAUUAAUGGUAAUAAUAAACGGUUGUUGUAAAGUGUAAUGUGUAAUCAUUCGACCUCCAACAGGCCACGCCGUUUCUGUCGGGGAACGCCGUUUCUGUCGGGGAACGCCGUUUCCUCUUCGCCUUCUACGCUCACGCAGCCGGUCUUGACCUUUCUCCAGAAAGGGGAUUCUCCAGAGGCGUCGAUCUCCUUCACCCCGGGACCCCCUCAUUGCCCUGCCCCCCUGAGAUGUCCAAAAUGGACCUCAAAAGCAGGGAGUUCUACAACGACAUGCUUCGCGUGUGUUGGGAAAACCCGUCCUGCAACAGCUCCCUGCUGCUGCUGGGCCACCACAACGGCAGCGGCGCCGUCGUGUACGGCCUCAACUUCCCCGGCGACGGCGCCCCCUGGCUGCGGACCCUCAUCUCCCUGGUGUACUUCCUGGUGGCCACGGCGGGCAUGGUGGGCAACCUGCUGGUAAUGUUCCUGCUGUACUCAACGCGCACUAUUAGCGCGGGCACCAUCAACUACUUUGUGUUCCACCUGGCUCUGGCCCAGCUGCUCUUCUCGCUGGCGCUGCCCUUCUGGGCGGUGGAGAUAGCGUUGGACUACAGCUGGCCCUUCGACGUGGUCACCUGCAAGGCCAUCUCGCUGCUCACCUGCCUCAACGUGUACGCCAGCUGCUUCUUCCUGACCGCCAUGAGCCUGACCCGCUACUGCUCCGUGGCCACCGCCCUCCGGCCCACCGCCGCCGCCGCCGCCCUCUGGCACCGCGGCUGCUGCUGCUCCCGGAUCGCCGCGGCGAUUAUCUGGGCGGGGGCGCUGGUCACGGCCGCGCCGCGCGCCGUCUUCGCCGACCUCUUCAACGUGGGCCCGGCCAACGACACCGUGUGCCUGUUCCGCUUCCCCGACGGAACGGCGUGGCUGGGGAUCAACCACCUCCUGAGAGUGGUGCUGGGCUUCCUGCUUCCCUACGGCGUCAUCGUGCUGUCCUACCUGCUGCUGCUGCGCUUCCUGUGCCGCCACAAGAUGAAAGGCGUGAACCCGGGGCGCAAGUCCCACGUGUCCAAGUCGGUGGCGGUGGUGGUGCUGUCCUUCUGCGCCUGCUGGUUCCCCUACAACCUGCUGACGCUGUGGGCCGCGCUGAUCCAGCUGGACAUCGUGGACAUCAGCCCGUCCUUCUACCUAGUGCAGACCUACUUCUUCCCGCUGGCCAACUGCCUGGCGUUCACCAGCAGCUGCCUCAACCCCGUGAUCUACUGCCUGGUGCGGCGAGAAUACCGCACGGCCCUGCGCACCAUGCUGCACAAGUGCAGCCUGGCCGUGGAGUCCAAGGUGUACCUGCACCGCAUCAACGCCGGCGAAGGCCAGGGGCCUUCCCAGCAGCUGGGCAUACCCCUCAACGCGGUGUUCAGCCACACGGUCGCCUCGGAUACGAGGAGGGACGCGCCCCCCUCCUACUCGGCCGUCUCCGGGGGGGGGGGGGGGUUCUUGAACCGUCGGUAAAUGUUAAACAGCGAUAAAAUGUUUUGUGCUUUGUUUUUUUUAUUUUAGUUUUUGGGGUCAAGGAAGCAUUUGGGUUAGGGUUAGGGUUAGGGUAAGGGUCGAGUGAGAUUUGUUUAAAAUUGUGCAUUACAGAAUUGGUAAAUGUAGACUGAUUCUUAUUAUUCGUUUUGAUUGGACUGAUCUCUCCUGUAAGUUACUUUGGUAUUCUUCAAUGUCUGCUAAAUGCUUGCGAAAUGAAUAAACAGCACCUCUCUUCUCUCUAUUCUUUACAUUAUGUUAUCUUGAAGACAUGUGUAUAUUUAAUGAAUGUAUUUCAAGUCAUGUCUUAUCGUUUUGAGCUUAUAGUUAUAGGCAAAAACGUGAAUUCUUCUCACGGUAUUUCAUUUUUCUGUCGCCAUCUAGUGUUCGUUUAACUCAUUGGAUGAUUCACAAAGAUGUCGCGUUAACGUUGGAUGAAUGAUGUGAUAAAUAAGCAACGUUUUGACUUAAGACCGAUUAAGACUUGAACAAGCCUAGUGUUAAGUCAUGUGAUGGGAGUGCGUAGCUGUCAUAUAAGCUCUUUGAAUCUGUAAAGAAAAGAAUUGCCCUUAUGGUGAUUUCAGUUACUUCUUGUAUUUUUUUCCCACUAAUAUUGUAAAUACACAAGUGUAAAUAUCAAACCUCGCACCAAGUAAAUGUAUCAUGAAACUGAAAGAUUUAAAACAGGAAAAUCGCGUAUCUAGGCCUCCUUUUUCUUCACUUUAUUAUAACUCAACUUAUUUGUAUAUCAAUAAGCGAUCAUAACAUCUGUGAAUUACCCAUACCUAAAUGCUCGUCUAUAGGCCGUGAUGCAUAAUAUUUUGGACUCUUGUUUAGAAAUAUCCAGUUUCUCCUUUGUUAUUUAAAGAUUUCAUGUUUUUCCAUCCAGUUGAAUAAACGUUGAAAUGAUU